AUCACUGGCUAUAUAUUUUCCCGGAAAUGUGAUCGUCUCCGGCAAGCAGAACAUAUAGGAUAGCCAGAGGUCAUUUAUUCCGGUAAGAACUUUUAAUCUUUUCCUCUUCCUUCCGAUUUCAGGAAGAAAGAGGAGAAGGAAAUUAUUUGUUAACUAAUUAAGAUCAAUCAAUCUCAAUCUCUCAAUCACAAUCCAAUUCGUUUUCCGGCGAGAUCUCUCUCUUCUUUCUCUUUCGUCCCCCUUUUAUUUUUGUAACAAUGGGUACGGAGAUACUGCGACCGCAGGAUUGUCUGAUCAAACAGACUAUAUUUUCUCCGGCGACCAUUAAUCAAUAUCGUAAGAGGGGAAAUGGAUAUAUGAACCCUCGAUUCGGUAACAAGAAGUCGCCGGUAAAGGAGAGGAGAUUCGACAACAACGGUGUGAAUAAUAAUAAUAAUAAUAAUAAUUGUAAUCUCGUAAUCGGACGGGUGAGGAUUCUGAAGAGAGGCGAGUCGCCGCAGAUUGACCGGAGGAUCAAUAUGUUAAGCACGGAUCCAUUGAUUGUUCAAAAGAAAAUCCGAUUGGAAGAUCUCAAGGAUGACGGAGGAAGCGUAAACAUCGAAUUUAUGGCUGAUAUUUAUGCCGGAUCGGCGUUUUCGAUGUCGCCGUCGCCGAGAUCUCUACCUUUGCCAUCGUUUUUCAAUAAGAUUCAAGCUUCGGAGACAGUCGACGAUUCCGCCACCAGAGAUCUCCGGCGAUUGCUGCGAUUGGAGUGAUUAUUAUUAUUAUUAUUAUAAACCCUAACCCUAAAUGGUACGUUUAGAGGUCUGCUGAUCCGUACAUAUUUAAGCAUUAAGCACUAGCAACCACUAUCUUUUUUUCUCUAAUGUCAAUUUUCCGUCCGAGUUACUGUAUUUAUUUAUAUUUAAAAU